AUGAGGAACUCCCAGGUGUUGGAUACUGAGCGGGCGAGAAGAGAGGCUGAAUCCUCCGGAGCGGCGGAGCAGCAAUGGGCCAAGGGGAGGACUGCCUGUGUGUUGCGGUAUAAUGGAUUCUCUUUGGUCUACGUCCUCCUUCUGUUGCUGCUGCCGCUGCUGUCUGACCCUUCCUCCUCCUCCACCUCCUCAGGUAACGCGUGUCGCUGUGUGACGGCUGUGUGUGUCUCCAGUUUCCUCUUCCUGUUACUGCAGUCCUUCUUCCAGCUAACCACCGCUACACUGCAGCCAGAGUCCAACUGUACGUCGUGGCAGAAGGCUCUCGGGCAGCUCGGUUUGGUGAGUCUGACAGGAAGUGAUGCUGGCUCUGCAGUGAGACAGGUGUUUCCAGAUGUUGGCGUGCUGGUUGUUGGUCUGCUGACCUGGAGGCUGAUAGUGAGACUCAACACCAACAGACACACACAGCCUCAAGAGGACACACAGCAGCAGGAGGAGGAGCAGCAGGGGGAGGAGCUCAUGUUUGAGGAUGACUCUGUGCUCGGAGACGAGGAGGAGGAUGAAGGCAGCAGAAACAGGAUUCUUGUUGAACUGGAGUUACUGGUUUGUAAAACCAGACAAAUGGUGGGAGACAUGACAACGACUGGAGGAAAAGUCCUGCUGACGGUCCUACUGGGACUCACAGGCAUCAUGUUCCCCUCCCUCUCCUCGCUCCCCUACCUCCUCUGUUUCCAGGUGUUGUGUACCUGGUGGGCGUGGUCAGGUCAAGUCCCACCCCUUCUCUUCAGGUGCGUGUCUGUCAUGUCACUGCUGUACCCCCCCUUCCACUUCCUGCUCCUCUACUGCUACCAGCUGCCCUCGCUGCAGGAGGCGUGGCCUCCCAACCGCUCCUCUGCCAGUGUUUGUGGCCUGGUGUCGGUAGUCUCGGUGGACUGCGCUGCCCCCUGGAGGCUGCAGGUGAACGCUGAGCUCAGCUGGUUUCACUUCAGCAGUCCUCUGAUGCUGCUGCUGCUCUACAACACUGUGGCUAGUCUGUGGAGGAACCAGUUGAUUAACGGUGAUGGGGGGCGGGACGUACAGAAUGUAGAAUCAGCUAUCAUUGGGAGCUGUGACAUCACCACUGCCACCAGCAACCUGAGUGAUGAUGUCAGCGGUGACAUGACAGCGGAGAGACGGAGAGAGCUGUGGAGGAGAGCUCACGACCGUCCUGAGUGCAGAGACGUGGUGGUGUCAUCUGCCGACAACAGUCCCUCUGACUCUUUUGCCCCACCCACCCAGAGCACAGCCCUUGGAUUGGAUGUUUACUCCACGCCUCACUACUCUCUCAGCCAAUCAGACACACUGGAGACAUGUGUGUUUGAAGGAGACGACUGGGAGGAGGAGGAUGAAGAAGAGGUGAGGAGGAGGAACGAGGAGGGAGUCAGCGCCGCCUCCAUGGCGUUUAGUUUCCUUCUCAAACAGAGUUACAUCUGCGCCCUGAUCGCCAUGAUGGCCUGGCCCAUCACAUAUGUGUCCUGGCUGACAUGUGUCCUGCUGCUCUGGUCAUGUGUGCUGUGGAUGAUGCGAGAGCGUCGCCGAUACACGCUGAUGUCAUCACCCUGGCUAGUCGCCUAUGGUAACCUGCUGGUCAUCUUGCAGUACGUGUACAGCUUCCCCUCCAUCCAGGAAGUCCCCGGACUGUUCCCGAAAAAAGACGAACCCUGCACAGAGCUUGUGUCAAAGUUGUUGUGUCUGGUGACCUUCUGGCUGCUGUUGCGUCAGGCACUGACUGAGAAGAGAGACAGACAGGCAGACACACAGCUCUCUACCAUCACCGUCAACAUGGGAGAGGAGCAGAGUGUGGACGAGGCUCUGCAGGAGAAGAAGAAGGAGGUCUCGUAUGAGGAGGUGCUGCUCCUCCAGAGAGGUGGUGGAGUUCAGAUGGAGGCUCUGGUUGCCGUGGUUACCAGGAUGUUUGUUAAAUACUGGAUCUACGUCUGCGGAACGAUGUUCUUCUUCGUUAGCUUCGAAGGAAAAAUCGUCCUCUACAAAGUCAUUUACAUGGUCAUGUUCCUGUGCUGUGUCGCCCUCUACCAGUUGAACUACGAACGUUGGCGUUCCUUGCUCAGGGGAUUCUGGGUAGCUGUGGUGGUUUACUCCAUGCUGGUUCUCAUCCUGAUCUACACUUUUCAGUUUCCCUCAUCCCCCCACACCUGGAGCUACUACACUGGACUAAGCACUCACAGGUUGGAGGAUGUUGGUUUGGAGAAGUUCUCAGUUCCCGUCCUCUUCACCAGGAUCUUCAUCCCUGCUGCGUUCCUUCUGUCCUCCUGUUCUUCUGUGCGUCUAUCCUCCUGUCCUCUCAUCCUUCUGUCCUCCCGUCCUUCUGUGCUUCUGCUGGUCCACUCUGACGGCAGCCUGUUUGACCUGUCGUUGGGCGGAGCUCCUCAGCUCCUCCUGGAGGCAGAAAAGAGAGGAGGACAGAGGGACAGAGAGGAGGACAGAGAGGAGAGGUGGAGGAAAAAGGAGGAGGAGGACGAGGAGGAAGAGUACCCCUGUAUGUUUGAGAGGGAAACCCUGUCUGACCACCUGAAAGUCCUCGUCUCCUGGAGACUGGUGGUGGAUCGUCUCUCUGUCCUGUUCCUGCGUCUCCUCCUCAAUGUGCAGCGCCUGCAGCACCUCCUCUGGUGGCUCUUGGAACUGCACAUCAUCAAGAUCGUGUCCUCCUACAUCGUCUGGGUCUCGGUGAAGGAGGUGUGUGUCUUUAACCUGCCAUUCAUGCUGUGUGUGGCCAUGGCUCUGCCCUGCAGGGCGUGGCGCCCCCUGCUGUCAGGAGUCUGUACAGUGUGGACCUGUGUGGUGACCGUCUGUAAAAUGUUGUACCAACUCAACGUCGUCCAGCCAAUGAGAUACUCGUCCAACUGUACCAUGCCAGGUAACUCCAGUAUCGACUUAUCUCGCUCUGUUCUGUACUCUGGUCCAGUUGACCCUGCCCAGUGGGUGGGGCUUCGAAAGACAGACGGAAAACUGCUCGACUACCUGCGGUAUAACCUGAUGAUGUUAGCACUGCUAGCCUUCGAGGUGACAGUGUACAGACACCAGGAACUCUACCGUCUCCGUCGCAACGAAGUCCCACCCCCCACGAGAACACUGUUUCAUGACAUCACCAGGCGUCACCUUGACGACAGCGUGCUCAGCUGCAUUAAAUACUUCCUCAACUACUUCUUCUACAAGUUCGGACUGGAGACGUGUUUUCUGUUGGCCGUGAACGUGAUUGGUCAGCGGAUGGAUCUGUUUGCUGUAGGCCACGCCUUUGGCCUCAUCAGCGUCCUUUCACGUCGCAGCAGGAGGCACAUCGCCUCAGUGUGGCCCAGGUAUUGCUACUUCCUGUCGGGGCUGAUGUGUUUCCAGUACCUGCUCUGUAUCGGACUCCCUCCUGCUACCUGCACAGAUUAUCCCUGGAGACCUCCAUCCUCUAACAUGGACUCCAACGUGGUGAAGUGGCUCUUCCUCCCUGAUCACCUGACACCACCAAACCCACUCUUCCUCCUCUAUGACUUCAUGCUCCUCCUUGGGGCGUCUCUGCAGCUGCAGGUGUUUGAGGAGGAGCUUCAUUCGUCGGUACAGAUCCUCGCAGGAGACAACUGUGAGCUGGACGAGGAUGAAGGACAAGUCGCUGAUCCAAUCAGACAGCUUCGUCUCAACACAGGCCCUGACUUCAUGUUGUGCAGGUCUUACCUGGACAUGAUGAAGAUCAUCAUCUUCAGCUACAUGUUCUGGUUCGUCCUCACCAUCAUCUUCAUAACCGGGACGACCAGGAUUAGUAUCUUCUGUAUGGGUUACCUCGUGGCAUGUUUCUACUUCCUGUUGGUGGGCGGAGACUUGCUGCUGAAACCAGUCAAAUCCAUCCUGGUGUAUUGGGACUGUUUGAUUGGCUAUAACGUGUUUGUCAUCACCAUGAAGAACAUUCUGUCGAUCCUGGCCUGUGGUUUCAUUAAGUCAUUGGUGUUGAAUCACUGCUGGCUGAUUCAACUCUUCAGUCUGGCAUGCACCAUCAAAGGAUACACCAAACCGGAGCAACAGAGCAGUAAACAGUGCGAGUUGCCGAGCGACGAGGCGGGCAUCAUCUGGGAUGGGGUCUGUUUCUGUUUCCUGUUGCUGCAGAGGAGGGUCUUCAGGAGUCACUACUUCCUGUAUGUGGUCCUGGACCUGCAAAAUACACAACUGCUGGCCUCCAGGGGGGCGGAGCUCUUCGAGGCGUCCACAGUGAAAGCUGUCAGAGCGAGGCUGGAGGUGGAGAAGACGUCCAUGGACCUGCUGAAGAGACAGAUGGAGCGAAUUAAAUCCAGACAGCAGAAGUUCCGGCGAGGAAAAGAGAAGAUGUUGAGUUUGACCCAGGACAGCUUACAUACUGAUGGUCAGGAAAACAAGAAGGGGCAGCGGCAGAAGAAGUGGUGGAGACCCUGGGUAAACCAUGCCUCCAUGGUGAGGAGCGGCGACUACUACCUGUUUGAGACGGAUAGUGAAGAGGAGGAGGAGGAGGAGAAGAAGGAGGAAGAGGAGAAGAAGGAGUAGGAGCUACCUGAGAAAUCAGCCUUCCAGUUUGUGUAUCAUGCCUGGAUAACUGACUCCAGAACAGCAAUGAGAGCUCGCAACAACCAGAGGAAACUGUGGAAGAAGAACUCUUCUGAGCAAAGGAGCAGAAAGGAAGAGAGGAGAGGAGUUGAAGCUAUAGAAGUGACCGAGGAGGCGGAGGAGGAUGGAGAUGAAGAGGAGGACAAAGAGGAGGGACCAGACACGGUGUUGCAUCGGUUCUCUAACACGCUGCAGUUCUGCUGGGUUCUGCUGUCGGCUCUGCUGGACUCUCUGACCACCUGGCUCAAUGGUCUGUGUCAGGAACACAUCGACAUCUCCACUGUCCUCCGCAUCGAGCGCUGCAUGCUAACGCAGCAGGCAAAGCAGGGUAAUGUUCCCUCCAGAGAGGCAAUCCACGUCUACUACCAAGAACAGAUGAUUAAAACCUCCAGAGAGUCUGGCCUAGACUCCAGCACCCAUGAGGCCGAGGGGCAGACCUCAGCAGAGAGUGGAAGGGAGGAAGAAGAAGAAGAAGAAAAAGAAGAAGUGAGUCCUGAUACUGGAGAAGAAGAAACAGGAAGUCAAAAAGCAGGUGAGAAGCCAGAGACUAAACCAGGAGGAGAUGGUCCUGAUGAACCAGGACCAGGACAAGAACCAGGACCAGGGCCAGGUCCAGGACCAGGAGGAGAUUAUCCACAUGAACCAGAAACAGAAAGAGAUAGUCCAGGUAGGACAAAACCAGAACCUGUUUCAGGAGGAGAUCCAUUGGACACAGAAGCAGAACCAGUAUCAGGAGACGAUGGUCCCGUUGAACCAGUUUCAGCAGAGGCCCCAUCCUCAGGAGUGAAACCAGAGGCAGUGACAGCAGAAGGUGACCCAGAAUGUUUUGUGACUAAAACCAGCCAAAGAUGGCGGCCCAAACUGUCCAGGAUGGAGAGAGUCCAGUCUUGGUCGUCUUCGGAGGAGGACAGGAUGAGCAGGACUAACAGUGCUGAGGAAUCAAACCAGCAACUACCUGUUGACACACAGCCGACUCACACCAGCGGCUCCUCCCCCACCUCCCCCUCCUCACUCCUCCUCCCCCCCUCCUACAGCCUCGCUCUGGGCUUGGACCUGCAGGAGGAGCAGAUUGGGGAGGGGUCCAGGAGGCAGCAGCUGGUUCAGACUCCAGGGGGGAGGAGUGACUUCCUGUGUGACUCGGCCUCCACUUCCUGUCCGCUGGCGUCCUGCACUCAGGAGCUGACAGCCAGCGAGCUGCUGAGGAACAGGACUUUCUAUGACGAGGAGCUGGAGGCAUCGGACCGUUUCUAUAUCAACCAGCACCAGCUGCUCCAGCUGUGCUACGCACUCUACAACAUCCUGGCAGCCAGGUCGGAGACGGUGUGUUACCUGGUCAUCGUGUUGAACCACAUGGUGUCCGCCAGCUGUCUGACGUUGGUACUUCCUGUUUUGGUGUUUCUGUGGGCGACCCUGUCCGUCCCUCGGCCCAGUAAGACCUUCUGGAUGACAGCCAUCAUCUACACUGAGGUGACCAUUGUCAUCAAGUAUUUCUUCCAGUUUGGGUUCUUCCCAUUCAACCAGAAGCUGGAGGUGGACCGCACCAAACCGUUCCACCCCCCGAACAUCCUGGGGGUCGAGAAGAAGGAAGGCUACGUCCUGUAUGACCUGCUGCAGCUUCUGGCUUUGUUCUACCACCGAGCCAUACUCAAGUGCCAUGGGCUGUGGGACCAGACUGUUAUGACGGAUGCGGAUACUCUCCAUCACCAGGACACCCAGGGCGACUCUGGUCAAACUGCAACCUCUGCCGAUCCAGCCGACGCUGCUAGCACGCUGCGGCGUCGAGGCAGGAGACAGACAUGCUCCAGCUCCACCCAGCUGCGCUCUCCUGCAGGCAGUGUGAGUUCCAGAGCUCAGCCGCCGGGCAGGUUCGAUCUGCUGCUGGAGAAACUCCGAGAACUUUCCAUCAGAGCCAAGAAGUACUCUGUUAGCAGGUGUCUGUCCCUCUACCGUCCGGUCCUUCAGUUCUUCAGAGCUCUGGUCCAACCAGAAUACAGCGCUGUCACUGAUGUUUAUGUCCUCAUGUUCCUUGCCGACACCGUGGACUUCAUCAUCAUUGUCUUCGGCUUCUGGGCCUUUGGAAAACACUCUGCGGCUGCUGACAUCACUUCCUCCCUGUCAGAAGACCAAGUUCCUGAAGCUUUCCUGGUGAUGGUUCUGAUCCAGUUUGGCACCAUGGUGAUAGACAGAGCUCUGUAUCUGAGGAAGACUGUUUUGGGGAAGUUGGUCUUUCAGGUGAUUUUAGUCUUUGGGAUUCACUUCUGGAUGUUCUUCAUCCUGCCCACAGUCACUGAGAGGCGGUUCAAUCAGAACCUGGUGGCUCAGCUCUGGUAUUUUGUGAAGUGUGUUUACUUCGGUCUGUCGGCCUAUCAGAUUCGUUCUGGUUACCCGACACGAGUCUUGGGAAACUUCCUGACAAAGAGUUACAACUACCUCAACCUCUUCCUGUUCCAGGGUUUCCGACUCGUCCCCUUCCUGACGGAGCUGAGAGCAGUGAUGGACUGGGUGUGGACAGAUACCACUCUGUCUCUGUCCUCCUGGAUCUGUGUGGAGGACGUCUACGCCCACUGCUUCGUCUUAAAGUGCUGGAGAGAGUCUGAGAAGAGGUACCCACAGCCUCGCGGUCAGAAGAAGAAGCGUGUGGUGAAGUACGGGAUGGGCGGUCUCAUUGUUCUGCUGCUGAUCUGUAUUGUCUGGUUUCCGCUGCUCUUCAUGUCACUCAUUAAAUCUGUUGCCGGAGUCGUCAACCGACCACUCGACGUCUCUCUGACCAUCACGCUGGGAGGCUUCCAGCCAAUCUUCACGAUGAGCGCGCAGCAGAAUCAGCUCAAAGAUGUGACUGAGGAAGACUUUAGCUCCUUCAUCAGCUCCUACAGCUACACACCUAGUGCACUGCAGUUCCUGGAGGCGUAUGGUCAUGAGGACGUGACGGUGGCGGAGCUGCAGGGCAGCAGUAACUCUCUGUGGACCAUCAGUCCUCCCAGCAGGCAGUACCUGAGCCAGGUGCUCAACCUGGACCACUUCCCCCUGACUGUGUCCUGGACUGUUCAGAGGAACUUGAGUCUAGGGGCGAAGGCAGAGCUUGCUUCAGGUAAACAUGUGACCUACCUGGAUGAUGAGACCCGUCUGGAGCUGAUCCAGCUGCUAAAUGGAACCAGGACACUUCCUGUGGUGAUACAGGAAGUGUUUCCAUGUUUCAUUCGAGCGCCGAGCGACUCCAACGCCAAACCCAUCGAACAGCUCUACACAGAUGGUCACUACAAAGACAUCCUGCUGGCCCUGGAGCGGUCAACCAAUGAGAGCAGAGAGAUCCAGGACUGGUGGAUCGUUGACCAACCGGCUGCCAGUCUGGUACCUAUUGGGGGCGGAGCUUCUCUGACUGACAGAAGGGAGGCGGGGCUUCAGCUGUUUGUGUUCAGUGAUAAAGUCAGUCCUCCGAGUCUUGGCUUCCUGGCUGGAUACGGCAUCAUGGGAUUGUACGCGUCAGUGGUUCUGGUCAUCGGGAAGUUUGUGCGUGAGUUCUUCAGUGGGAUCAGUCACUCCAUCAUGUUCGAGGAGCUGCCGUGUGUCGACCGAAUCCUCAAACUGUGCACCGACAUCUUCCUGGUGAGAGAGACAGGUGAGCUGGAGCUGGAGGAGGAGCUUUACGCCAAACUCAUCUUCCUGUAUCGAUCUCCGGAGACUCUGAUCAAAUGGACGCGCCGCUGACCCCACCCAUCGUCUUUAUGACCCGUUAUGAUGUCAGAGUCUGUGAUAUCAUCACUGAGCAUCGUGUUCUCCAGAUGUUCAACAGAGAACCUCCGGAGAACAUUCUCCAGAUGUUAAAAUGUCAGUGACAACAGGAGUGUUUACUGAACCUUACGUUAAGAAACAGGAAACGUUACCUGUUUGCAGGUGCAGCGGGGAGGCGGAGCUAACCUUCUGAUGACCGGAGGACAGAGUAUUAUAUGAUUAUUGAUCAUUGAUGAUCAGUAACUGCAGGGAAACGUCUCAUGCUGGAAAACCUGGAAUUCUUCAUGGCACCUUCGAUGGAAAACAAACGACAGGCAGUCCUGAUGGUUGUUGGGAUUUUUAAACUUAAGUGAAGCCCCGCCCACUAUCAAAAUUCAGACCAUGUGAUUGGACGGUGUUGGUGACACGUUCAGUGACAGGUGUUUGAACACGGGGAUGCAGUCAUCACUGAUUUUUAUUUAUUUUACUUUAUGUUUACAGGAAGAGUCUAAGUAUUUCUGUUACGUAAUGAUAGCUGUAAUUAGCACCAUGCUAGUUCUACAUCAGCCAUAAUUAUCCCUUUGUAGUUUUACCUUAGCUCUAUAGCACAACAUUAGCUUUUUGUUAGCUGUAUUUAAUUCUGUUAGUUCAACAUUAGCUUUAUGUUAGUCAUAAUAAGCCGUGUCAGCUUUACGUUAGCUUUAAUUUGCUCUACGUUAUCUUUAUGUUAGCUUUAAUGAGCUCUAAGUUAGCUUUAUGUUAACUUUAAUUGGCUAUAUUUUAGAUUUAUAUUAGCUUUAAUGAGCUCUAAGUUAGCUUUAUGUUAGCUUUAAUUAGCUAUAUGUUAGUUUUAUCUUAGCUUGAAUUAGCUAUGUUAGCUUUAUCUUAGCUUUAAUUAGCUAAAUGUUAACUUUAUCUUAGCUUUAAUUAACUAAAUGUUAUGUUAUUUUUCUUGUGGUUGAUAGAGGUGGGUGGAUCGUUACCUGAAAUACUGGAACAUAUUGAUACACACUGAUGCUAGAAUACUACAUUCCAAAUGCCAAGUGUUGAGUAUCAAUAACAGCUCCAAACAGAUACCAUUGUUUUCAUUAGCACUAGGUCUGUGUAAGGUCUACUUAGCACUACAUUAGCUUUAUGUGACUUCCAUGGUAGCAGUACUGUAUAAAAAGUACUGUAUAUUAGCGCUAUACUGGCUCUGUGUCAUCUUUCACUAGCCCUACAUUAGCUCCAUGCUACAUUAGCUAAACAUCAGCUCUUCAUUGCCUUUAGUUAGAUCUAUUAGCACUAUAUUAGCUUUAUGUCAGUUGUGUGUUAGCUCUAUAUUGGCUCUGUGUCAGCUUCAGUUAGUACUAAAUUAGCUACAUCAGCUAAACAUCAGCUCUUCAUUAGCUUCAUGGAAGGUCAGUUGUGUGUUAGCCCUACAUCACCUGUAGAUUAGCACUACGUCAGCUCUAUGCUGCUUCUGUAUCAACUUUUACUAGCACUAGAAUAGCUCCAUGCUAGGUCAAUAUCAGCUUUACGCUAGCAUUUUAAGGCCUGCCUAGCCCUCUGUUAGCUUUUUAUUAGCUCUAGGUAUGUGAGCUGUAUUUUAGUGAUGGGUUUCCUUCAUGUUAACUCAAUGAUAGCUCCAUGUUAGCGCUGUGUUAGCGUCAUGUUAGCGUCAUGUUAGCUGCAUGUUAGCUCUUAUUUGAUUCUGGCUCGUUCAACCUGUGUGUGUGAGGUCAAAGGUCAUCAGAGCUAAGCUAACUCAAAGCUGUGAGAUGUCCCGCCCUCAAGCUAACAGUAGAGUGAAUGAGCUGUCAAUCAAGGCCAGUGAAGGCACGACAACCAAUCAGUGAAGAGAAGUGACAGCAGCUGUUCAUCCAGUCACAGCGUGACUCUGGGCUCAUUGAAUCCACGGGCCCCCCUCCUGACAGGAAGCAGGAAGUCAGUGGAAGUAACUGUCAGAGGGUGAUGUAAUCAGUAUUGUGUGACUGAUAAUAACCUUGGUGUUUCCUGUGAACGUUUGAAACGUGAAAAUAAAAAAGUGACAGUCA